GGGAAGAUGGAGAAAAAGAGCGAAAUCAACGGCUACGCCAUGCCCGGCUCGGCAGAGCGGCUCCGGGAGAGAGGAGCCCCGAGAAGCACGCGGGAGAAGCUGAUGGAGUUCCUUAGCCGCAACCUGCUGGUGAUCAUGACGGUCUCCGGGGUGGCGGUGGGGGUCGGGCUCGGAAUGGGGGUCCGCAACAUGCACCUGAGCAAGGCGCAGAUGACCUACUUCGCCUUCCCGGGUGAGAUGCUCCUGCGGAUGCUGAAGAUGAUCAUCCUGCCCCUGGUCGUGUGCAGCCUCGUGUCCGGCGCAGCCAGCUUGGACACCCGCUCCCUGGGCAAGCUGGGGGGCAUCGCGGUCGCCUACUUCCUGGUGACCACCCUCAUCGCCUCCGGGAUCGGCGUAUCCUUGGCGUUCAUCGUCAAACCCGGCGUGGGUGCGGGAGCCCUCAACACCAACAGCCUGGGUCUGGAGCGCGUCAGCGCCAAUAAGGAGACCACCGACUCAUUUCUGGACCUGGCCAGGAACUUAUUCCCGUCGAAUUUGGUGGCUGCCGCUUUCCGCUCUUAUUCCACCGACUACAAGAUAGUUGCUUCAGGCAAUGACACCAAUGGGACCACCCUCUAUCAAAAGGUGCCCUUUGGGACAGAAAAUGAUGGCAUGAACAUCCUUGGUUUAGUGUUAUUCGCGAUGGUCUUCGGUGUGGCACUGAGGAAGCUUGGCGACGAGGGCGAGGAGCUUAUCCGAUUCUUCAACGCUUUCAAUGAGGCAACCAUGGUGCUGGUGUCCUGGAUCAUGUGGUAUAUCCCUUUUGGCAUUGUGUUCCUGGUGGGCAGUAAGAUUGUGGAGAUGGAGGAUGUGGUUCUACUGGUCACAAGUCUGGGAAAAUACAUAUUUGCUUCCAUCCUGGGGCACAUUAUCCACGGGGGCAUCGUCCUGCCACUCAUCUACUUCGGCUUCACGCGCAAGAACCCCUUCAGUUUCCUGUCAGGCCUCAUUACGCCCUUCACGACUGCCUUCGCCACCUGCUCCAGCUCAGCGACUCUUCCCUCCAUGAUAAAGUGCGUGGAGGAGAACAACGGCGUGGACAAGCGCAUCAGCCGCUUCAUUCUCCCCAUUGGUGCCACAGUGAACAUGGACGGGGCGGCCAUAUUCCAGUGCAUAGCUGCUGUCUUCAUCGCUCAGCUCAACAACCACAAUCUUAACGCCGGGCAGAUCUUCACUAUAUUGGUGACAGCCACGGCCUCCAGCGUCGGGGCUGCAGGAAUCCCAGCUGGCGGCAUCAUCACCAUUGCCAUCAUCCUGGAGGCCAUCGGGCUGCCGACCAAUGAUCUGUCUCUCAUGCUGGCUGUUGACUGGAUUGUGGAUCGCACAACCACCAUUGUCAAUGUGGAAGGUGAUGCUCUGGGUGCUGGAAUCCUGCAUCACAUCAACCAGCAGAUGAAAAAGCAGCAACAGCAGCAGCAGCAGGAGGAGGGGGAGAUGGAGGAGGGAGAGGAGCUUUCUGAGGUGCGGGUGGAGACGGUGGCCAACAUCCGGGCGCAGGAGGAGACCUCGCCUCUUGUUAUGCACAAAACCAAAGCUUCAGAAGCCGUACCGGAAGCCAUCGAGUCAGUCCUGUGAACUCAUGCAAGUUAUUUUUUGUAUUCCUUGUCAGACCUGUUGACCUUUGUACACUGUUGAUCUCGCUGCUGUUGGAACACUCAUCUGAGUCAGUGAAGAAGAUAAGGACACGAGUUGGCUAAUGUUCACCAAGUUCUAAAAAGUUUGGUUUUCACCAUUAUAAUUCAUGUCCAGUCUAUAGUAUUGACAGAUGUGUGCCAAUUUACAUAUAAACAUUCCAAUCAAUGUGAUACUAAUGUUUCUUAGUUCCUGACGUACAUUUCUUUAUUUUAUUUAGACCAAUGCUAUCUACAGACCUCAAAUAAGAACUUGACAGGCAUAUGUCAUGUGCCAUAUUAUAAUUAUACCAGGGUACAUUUUUGAGACAGGUACUUUUAACAUAUGUAAAGAAAAAGGUCUCAAAACACAGUCUAUGUCACAAUCAAAUGUGAACAUAAACACCAUGAGUGAGGAGGUUUUGCUGUUUGUGCUACACACAGAUGUUAACAUUUGUUUUUCUGACCAACAUGUCAAACAUUAACCCUUGGAAUGAAGGCGUCUGGCCAGUUUCUCCACACUAACUACUCACCUAGUGCCACAUUGUCACAUUUAGGGAAGCGGAAUAUGUAAGUAUUUUAAAUUAACCAAAUCCCUAAUACCAAUACUACAGUGACCACAAUAACAAAUAAUUUGAUUACGUAUUUAUGUUAGUUUUCCUUCCUCGACAUUUCAUUGCCAUCUAAAGGCAGUUAUUGUUCAGGUUGUUCUGAAAUAAUGUAGUGCACAAUUUUCUACAAACUGAAAGGUGAUUGCCACAUUUUUUUUUUUUUUUUUUUUUAGCUGGCACAAAGCAAAUCAAGCAACCUUUGUCAGCUACUGCAUUCACUGUAGAUAGUCUUUUGUUAGCUUUCUACUCUGUUUGUGACUUAUAUACAACUUCUAAAAGAAAGAGAAAAUAAAUAUCGUAAAAACAGCAACAGAAGACAGUUCUAUUACGCAUGAAUGUUUUUAUUUAUAGGAUACUGUGAAAGGCUCGUGUAUCGGCUAUGGAUUUGAAGUACUGUAAGCGCCUUGUUUGUUGAGCCUGCUCUCUGAAUACAGAAGCAGACGAUUGUACGAGAAAUAUUAUUGGGUCACUUUGAAAGUUAAAAAAAAAAAACUAUUUUAUGUACUCUAAAUGCCUGAUUGCUCUAAAAUCAUAGUGUUUCAUUGCUAAAUAUAGUAUUUUCAGAUAGGCACGAUGAGGCUCCUGUUAUUUUAUUUUAUUUUUAUACAUGCAAAAUAGUACAUUCUGAACGUUAUAUGGUGCUUAACGUUUUGCAUAAUUUAUUUCUAACUUCCCGUAAAGUCAUGCUGGAGAGAGCCCCACUUUUUUAUAUAGAUUAUGAACUAAAUAUUCAGCAAAUUAACAUAGAAUAUUGUUCCAAUUUUUUAUUUAUUUUUUUAAAAUCCAACAACAGACAUGACGACACUAAAGUGAUGUUUAGACUGUCGACCCACAAUAAUCUCUUGCUGCCCUGUGGUGGUAACCAACGGUACUAUUCCCUUGAGGACAGUUUGUCAAGUAGUUUUGCUGAAGUUACUACACGUGAUACUGUUCCCAUUGAUUUAAUUAGCAUUUUCAUUCAUGGGCAACAUUUGGUGUGAACGAGGACUCUCAUUUUGCUGCCACCGUAAAGGUGCUCAAUGUGAUGUCUUUAGGUGUUGAGUCAUGUGUUUAAACUGUUUUAAGCAGAUUGUGAAUUCGUAUGCUGUGAAACGUGCACAAUCAUUUCACUUGACUAUUCUAUCGCAACCACUUCUGUCUUAUCAAUUUUGUAUUGUCUAUCUUUUUUUAAUAUAGCUGAUGUGACACGCGUACUUAUGACUCGUUAUAUGUACUAUGAUCUACAGUACGGUACUUUCUAAAAAUGAAAUUCUGUGCUCGUGUACCUCUGCUGUUAGAAACUACCUUUACUUGUGUUUAAAUGAAAAGUUUCAUUAUUUCCUUGCCUGUACUACAGCACGUUGUGCAGCUGUGUUUUAGCAUGUGAUUCAUUCUGCUGUU